AUGGAUUAAAUGAAACUUUAAAUAAAAGCCACAGAUAUGGAUGAGGACUUUAUUAAAAAGGUGACCGAAAUCACAUAUUCAGCAAUGCAACAAUUUAGAACUGAAAAAUAAAUAGCUCAUCACAUUAAAUACGAAUUUGAUAAAUUUGAUUAAUUUGGAUGGAAUUGUAUUGUUGGGAGGAAUUUUGGAAGUCAUGUGAUUCAUUAAACAAAGAAAUACAUUUUUUAUUAACACAAAGAAUUGUAUUUCCUACUUUGGAAAGCAUGA